AUUCUAGUCAAAUUAAGAAAGAAAAGUUGAAGUAGAGGAUAGAGAUAGAAGGUUGAAACAAUCUACCCAAGAGAGAGUUGCGUUACAAUUCACGUUUCUUUCUUCGUCUCAAAAAACCUGUAUUUAAGGGUGUUUUGUUGUGCUACCAUACCUCUUUUCUUAAUACCUUUGCCAUUUCCUAAAUCACCAAAAAAUAAAAAAUAAAAAUUAUCAAAGGUUUUAUUCUACUCCUUAAUUUCUUAAACUCUUUUCUUAUUAUUUCCUCUGUUUUCCCCUGAAUUUACUUUGCUAUAGUUUCUUGUUUAUACAAAUUUUUCCAUUAUUUAAACUUAUUUCAUGCCAUUUUUUAAUUGAAAACACAUAACUAAAACAUUUUUGUGGGUUUUCUUAUUGGUUUUAAAGGGUUUUUGUAGCAUUGUUUAGCGAAAUGGAGAUGGAUAAUUAUUCAACGAUUACUAUAGAAGAUGAAAACAUGGAACUACCACCCGGCUUUCGCUUUCACCCUACCGACGAAGAGCUGAUCACCCAUUACUUAUCAGAGAAAGUCCUUGACAGCAACUUCAGCACAAUCGCGAUCGGAGAAGCAGAUUUGAACAAGAUUGAACCAUGGGAUUUACCAAGUCAAGCAAAAAUGGGGGAGAAAGAAUGGUACUUCUUUGUUGUUCGUGAUCGAAAAUACCCAACUGGACUAAGAACAAACCGAGCAACCGAGGCCGGUUACUGGAAAGCCACCGGAAAAGAUAAGGAGAUUUUUAAGGCGAAAGUUCUUGUUGGUAUGAAGAAAACCCUGGUUUUCUACACAGGAAGAGCUCCUAAGGGUGAAAAAACCAAUUGGGUCAUGCAUGAAUAUCGAUUAGAAGGAAAAUUGUCCAAGUACAAUCUCCCUAAAAAUGCUAAGAAUGACUGGGUGAUCUCCCGUGUAUUCAAGAAGAAUUCGGGUGCAAAGAAGCCGGAUUACAUGGAGGUGGUGAGUCUAGAGGAGUUACAGCCAAAUUUCCUGCCACCAUUGAUGGAUUCAUCACCUUACAACAAUGGUGAGACAAAGGCCGUGGAUGCCAACCCAUCUCACGUGACCUGCUUCUCCCACCCAUCUAUGGUUGAGAAUCAACAAUUCAAACUAACAAAGCAAGAGGAAACUACUACUAACAUGUUUAACAACAUCCCUUGCUCCCCUCUAUUUCGAACCUACUCCAGAACCUCGCUUACUAACAUGUUAUCAGAGCCAGAAAUGCCCGACUUUCAAUUCGUUGAUUCAUUGUUUAACCAAGAUCAACCCAUGAUGAAGCUGCUACUCGAAGGCAAAGAAUCCAACCCUACUAAAGAAGAAUUACCUGGCAUUGAUAUGUCUUCAUCUGGUAUUUCAAAUCAUGAUAUUGUUAAUAAUAAUCAAAUUGGUCCAUUCGACCAUGAUUGUUUAUGGGAUUAUUGAACAAUUAGAGAUUAUUUGGCAUAAAUUAUUGGGAUGGGAAAAACAUAAGUAUUCAAAUCAAAAACUAGUCUUAUGUGUAGUUUUAAUAACUAGAAAGUGGUAAAAUGUAGGUCAUUGUAAGUGUAUUUUCUAUAUGUUAUAGGAAAAAAACUUGCUCAUCUUUUAAUCUUCAGCUAAUUUAUUUGA